AUGUCUCUUGCCAAUCCCUGCGUCAACCCUCUUACUGUUAUGCCCAUCUCUGGCUGUCCUUUCCACUCACUCCUCAGGCAGUUCCCCCGCCUGACCAACCCCUCAUUUCGUGAAGUGGACAUAAAACACGCAGUCACCCACCACAUGUCCACCACCGGACCUCCCAGAUCUUGCCAAACACGUCGUCUUGCUCCGGACCGUUUGAAGAUCGCCAAGGCGGAGUUCGAACAUCGCUUGAGCUCGGCAUCACCCCUCGAUCUUGUCCCAAAGAAGAGCGGCGACUGGCGACCGUGUGGUGGCUAUCGGGCGUUGAACACAGUGACUGUCCCCGACCAGUAUCCCGUCAUGUACAUCCAAGACUUCACUAUUUCGCUGCAUGGUAAGCGAAUAUUCUCCAAGAUUGACCUUGUUCGUGCCUACCACCAAAUCCCACUCGAGGCCAGUGACGUGCCUAAAACUGCAGUGAUCACUCCCUCUAUGAUUAUUCGAAUUCACUCGUAGGCCCUUUGGUCUGAUGAAUGCCACUCAAACCUUACAGCGGUUCAUUUAUUAGGUGUUGCGAGAUUUUGACUUCGUCUACGCCUACAUUGAUGAUUUGCUGGUAGCUAGUUUUGACGCUGCUGAACACGACGUUCGUCUUCGACAACUAUUCAAACGACUUGACUCCUUCGGCGUUGUAAUCACUUCUGUGAGAUGUGUUUAGAGUCCCUAGCCUAAUCUUCUUGGGUCACGAAGUGAACUCAGAUGGGAUAAAGCCCGUUCCAGAAAAGGUUUCGGCCAUAUCAACGUUCCCCGUUCCAACAACCAUCAACCAACUACGCUGCCUCUUGGGGAUGGUGAACUACUAUUACCGUUUUCUUCCCCAUGGUGCCACCAUACUGCAGCCACUCAACAGCAUGUUGGCUCACUUCAAGAAGACACUAGUGAUGACCGAGGAGGCCGUCAGGUCCUUCAAUGACGUCAAGGCCGCACUUACCAACGCAACACUGCUUGCCCACCCCCGCGCUGUUGCCCAACUAACUCUCAUGACUGACGCUUCCAGCACUGUCGUUGAUGCAUCACUUCAGUGAACUGUUAGUGGUGUCCUACAGCCUCUGGCUUUCUUCUCAAAGAAGCUCAGCUCAGCAGAGACCCGCUGCAGUGUUUUCGGCUGAGAACUCCUCACCGUCUACUUCUUCAUCCGGCACUUCCGACAUUUCUUCGAGGGUCGCUAAUUUCCCGUUCUAACAGAUCACAAACCACUCGUUUUUACACUGAGGGCCUCUCCCGAUCGAUACUCGGCCCGUGAAAUUCGUCAUCUAGAUUUCAUCUCACAGUUUUCCUGCGACAUCCAACAUGUCCAUGGUAAGAAAAAUGUGGUUGCUAAUACUCUCUCAAGAAUCGAGAUGGCUUCCAUCACAACAAACGCAAUAGACUUCACACUCAUGACUGAGGCUCAAAGAUCGGAUGACGAACUCUCCCAAUACCGCCACGAGGACUCUUCUUUACGUCUUCAAGAUGUCCCUCUUCCCACUGGCACUGGUACUAUACCGUGCGACCUUUAUACCGGACACGAACGUCCUUUUAUCCCAGUACUUUACGACGACAAGUGUUCAACGCUCUUCACAAUCUAUCCCACCCUGGAGUCCAGGCGACAGUGAAACUCAUCACUGACCGAUUCAUCUGGUCUAGCAUCAACCGGGGUGUAUGGCGUUGAACCCGAUCCUGUCUACCAUGUCAGCGCGCCAAAACUCAUCGCCAAACUAUUACCCCACCAGAUACUUUCGCCACUCCUGAUGCACUUUUCACUCAUGUGCACAUUGACCUGAUAGGUCAGUUUCCACCAUCUAACGGUUCUGCUUAUAUGCCGACAUGCAUUGACCGCUUUACUCGGUGGCCGGUUGCUGCGCCCAUUGCGGACAUCAGUGCCGAAACCGUAGCAAAAGCCUUCCUGACUCAUUAGGUGUCUAAUUUUGGAGUUCCUGCGACUGUCCCAAUUCGAGUCCACGCUGUUUCGCGAGCUCAUAUCCCUUCUCGGUACCAACCGAAUUCGAACAACAGCAUACUACCCUCAAGCAAAUGGUCUCGUCAAACGCUUCCAUCGACAACUGAAGACUUCCCUAAUGGCCCAGCCCGACCCUUCCCGAUGGUCCGAUCACCUUCCCCUGGUGCUGUUGUCCCUCCGUUCCACUCUCAAUGUCGACAUCGGUUGCAAUGCAGCUGAUCUUGUCUACGGAACCUCCCUACGACUGCCCGGUGAGUUAGUAUCCACUUCAAACACGCUAAAGUUUUUUGAACCUUGCAGUUAUGUGGAGCAGCUGCGUAGUGUCAUGCGCAGUCUCCGCAUCCCACCCAACCUGGAUAAGUGCGAUUUCGUCUUGGUUCGACAUGACGCUGUCCGACGACCACUCCAACCACCCUAUGACGGGCCGUAUAAAGUCCUUCGUCGAUCUGACAAAGAUGAUGUUAUCGAUCGCAACCGCAAGACCGACACAGUCAGCAUUGAUUGA